AUGAGAGUCUCGCAGACCACACUUUUUUCUUCUUCAACGUCCUCAUCGUUUUUCUUCUCAAUCCUUUACUUCUUCUUCUUCUUCUUCUCCUUCUUCUUCUUUAUUUCCGUCUGCUUCUUCUUUCUUUCUUUUCGUUUCCUUCUUCUUCCUCUUCUUCUUACUUCCGUUUGCUUCUCCUUCUUUCUUUCCGUUUCCUGCUGCCGCUUCUUUCUUUCUUUCUUCUCACUUUACGUUUACUUCUUCUUUCUGUUUGCUUCUUCUUUCUUUCCGUUUGCAGCUGCUGAUUUUUUCUUUCUUUCUCUCUUUCUCUCGGUUUCCUUCUUCUUCCUCUCCUUCUUACUUUACGUUUGCUUCUUCUUUCUUUCUUUCUUUUAUUUGGCUUCCGCUUCUUUUCUUUUUCUUUCUUUCUGUUUGCUGCUGCUUCUUCCUUCUUUAUUUAUUUCUGUUUCCUUAUUCUUCUUUUUCUUCUUCUUGAAGUUUGCUUCCCUUUCUUCUUCUUUCCGUUUGCUGCUGCUUCUUUCUUUCUUUCUUUCCGUUUGCUGCUGUCUCUUUCUUUCUUUCCGUUUUCUUCCGCUUCUUCUUUCUUUCUUCUUUCUUUCUAAUUACUUCUUCUUACUUUCCGUUUGCUUCUGCUUCCCUCUUUCUGUUUGUUUCUUCUUCUUCCUUCAUUCUGAUUUCUUCUUUCUUUCCGUUUUCGUCUUCUUUCUUUCCGUUUGCUUCUACUUAUUCUUCUUUCUUUCCGUUUUCGUCUUCUUUCUUUCCGUUUGCUUCUACUUAUUCUUCUUUCUUUCCCUUUGUUUCUUCUUGUUUCUUUCCAUUUGCUUCUUCUUCUUCUUCUUCAUCUUUCAUUCUUUAUUUCUCCUCCUAUGUAUUCUUUCUUCUUCUUCGUUUUCUAAUGAUGCCUUUUCCCUUAAAGAGUGGUUCCUCCCCAAAUCUUCCAAUACUUCAAUCCUUCUCUCUUCUUUCUCUCUCCCACCCUCCAUUCUCUCUCUCCUUCUCCCCCUUCCCUUCCUCUCUCUCUCCAUUUCUUCCCUCCCAACCUCUCUAUCCCCUCUCCUUCUCACCUUCUUUCUCCAUAACUAUCUCAUUCUUUCUCCCUCCUUCACGCUCUCCUUAUUUCCCUCCCACUUUCUCCUUCCUUCUCUCUCUACCUAUCUAUCUUACUCUUUCUCCACCUUUUCCUCUUUCCUUAUCUCCCUCCCUUUUUCUCUUUCAUUCUCUCUCUCUCCCUAA